AUGCUCCUCUGGAUUGUUGCCAUUAUUGUGGCUGCCCCUUUGCUCUAUGUCCGACGACUUUUCAUUACAAAAUGGGCCAAUCACACGGAACGCUACUGUGUUGACGACUGGGUCUUACUGACACAACCACAAAAUGCCAUGAAGGCUCGACGCAUCUAUUACACAUUUGUGUCUGUUGUCCUCUUCUUCAUUCCCAUUGUGGUCAUGUCUCUGGCUUAUAUUAUGAUUAUCUGGAAAUUGUGGUCGGCACAGAUCCCAGGCGAACGAUUAGAAAACGAAAAUAGGAACCAGAUACGCGUCAAGCGGAAGGUAUUCUCUUCCUCUUUCUUCCUCUCUCUCUCUCUCUCUCUCUCUCUAUUUUCUCUAUCUCUCUAUCUCUCUAUGUUAUUAUUUUCUUUAUCUCACUCUUUUUGUCACUACUUUUGUUGCAUUUCCCUCUUUAUCUUUCUCUUAAAAUUUUUCCUAGAUAUACUUAACCCACACAUUCCUAUGCGUUCACCCUUGCAUCUGCGCAUGCGUACUCCUUUUCCUCUCGAAAACGCUUCUUACUCCUUACUGCCACAAUAUCAACUCCUUCUCUCCCCACCGUCAUUUUCUCUGUUCCCGCCUUUUUUUCACUUGCUAGCUUGCAUACUCUUCAGACUUUUUUUUUCUUUUUUCAAAAUCACUUCUUGUUGUCUCACUAAACUGAGAGCGGACGAAAGCGACGAAGCCCUGAAUCAUUGUCAUUAUCCGACCUGUUAUCGUCCAUUUUCAGUUGGUCUGUUCUACACCACCAUCCAUAUUCCGUUGUUCUAUCCUAUACCUCGCCGUCCAUAUGCAGAUGAUCUGUUCUACUCCGCCGUCUGUAUUUACUUGGUCUGUCCAACCUCAUAUCCGUAUUCAUUUGGUCUAUCGUACCCUGCCGUCCUCAUUCACUUGGUCUGUCCAACCUCAUAUCCGUAUUCAUUUGGUCUAUCGUACCCUGCCGUCCUCAUUCACUUGGUCUGUCCAACCUCAUAUCCGUAUUCAUUUGGUCUAUCGUACCCCGCCGUCCUCAUUCACUUGCUCUGUCCAACCUCAUAUCCGUAUUCAUUUGGUCUAUCGUACCCCGCCGUCCUCAUUCACUUGGUCUGUCCAACCUCAUAUCCGUAUUCAUUUGGUCUAUCGUACCCCGCCGUCCUCAUUCACUUGGUCUGUCCAACCUCAUAUCCGUAUUCAUUUGGUCUAUCGUACCCCGCCGUCCUCAUUCAGUUGUUGGUUUAUUCUACCCCCACCGUUCAUAUCCAAUUCUUCUGUCCUACCUCACCGUCUAUAUUGAUUUGGUCUGUCUUAACGCACACCGUCCAUUUUCUGUUGGUCUCUCCUGCCCCGCCGUCCAUAUUCUGUUGGUCUCUCCUGCCCCGCCGUCCAUAUUCAAUUGGACUCUCCAACCCUGCCGUCCAUUUUCUGUUGGUCUCUCCUGCCCCGCCGUCCAUAUUCAAUUGGACUCUCCAACCCUGCCGUCCAUAUUCUGUUGGUCUCUCCUGCCCCGUCGUCCAUCUUCAAUUGUUCUAUCCUAUUCCGCCGUCCAUAUUCAGUUAG